AAUCAACUGCCGGCCGUUGGGUAUUACCCACGCGCUAGAUGGUGUGAUGGUAAUUGCACCCUGGAGUUUGUGCGUACAAAUACUUUGAUAAUUGAUAAGCUAGUUAACGUUAAAUACUAUAUAAUUACCGGGUGCCUCAACGAGCACACGUUCCGAUAAAGGGAUGAAUUAUCGCAGAAGGGAACUUGAAGAUCUUUCUGUCGACAUCACUACCAAGUAUCCCCACGUUUUUUGACUUCCUUGGUUAAUAAAUGCUUUCAUCUGUUCACUUGCUUUCGUCAUUCUAUGGCAAAGCCCUUGCUCGUAAGGACCCAUCAUGCCCCUUCUUUGUUGUGUUGUUCCCCAACCCAUCCCGAACCCUUCCCCAAUCAACCCGACAUCCUCUAUCUUAUCCGACCGAUAUCAAUGUGUCCAAAGCACCACUCUCCAGAGCCAGUUCCCAUUCAUGUCGCUCCGUACAUUCCUCAUGGAGAGCAUCGAGCGUUGAGUCACCCGCUGUAUCAAAAAUGCAGAAAAUCGCCGCUUGGUGUCUCAAUCUGACCAUACCUGCCUGGCCUUCAAUUCCCCCUUCAUUUAUCACACGGACGGUUGUCUUGUCGGUUAGUGCAGUAGCGAGGCGUCGAUGCCUCCAGCUCUGCUGAGGCGGUAUUCAUCCACCAGCGGUACAGCUGACUUCCUCCUCCUCUCUGGAAUCUG